AUGGAUGAAUCAUCGAGCCAGAGCAGCCACCCCCUGCUUUCUGUGCUCGCGUCAGCGGGGCUCCCCCAGCCAAGCAUACAGGUUCUGUUCCCUGGUGCACCGAAUGGAUGCACCGUUCAGAAUUUGUCCAGUCUCGUAUUGAUUCACUGUCCGCAUUCACCUCUCAUGGUUUUCAUCCCUUCGAAUACCGAACACUCGCCGGAUCGAGUGAUUCCUUGGACCUCCGAGUUUCCCGAUGACCUUUAUACCCUUGGUGGCGUCCUUGGGAAGGGAACAUACGGUUCUGUUUACGAGUGUGUCGAGAAGAAAACAGGUAAAUGCUUAGCGUGUAAAGUGAUUCAGAAGCAUUUAGUCAGGAAUGAGGAGGACAAAUGGGAAUUACGACGGGAAAUGCAGAUCAUGCGGGAAUUAGGGUGCCAUUGCAACAUAGUGUCUCUUCAAAGAGUAUACGAGGAUUCGUCAGCCGUUUACUUUGUAAUGGAGAAGUGCUCAGAUGGCGAUCUCUUGCGUUACAUCAGCAGAUCGGGACCCGCUGAUGAGCACGAAGUCGCGAAGAUCUUUCGUCAGUUGGUAACAGCCGUGGCGUUUUGCCACGAUCACGGUGUGGUGCAUCGCGAUCUGAAGCCUGACAAUGUCCUACUCACACGUCAGCAGUCGGAUCCUUCACUAUCCGGCAAUUCGCCGUUUGGAGACCUCAAUACCUACAAGGAACCACUAACUCCUGAGCUGCUAUGCAGGUUGAAAUACAACGAGAAAGUGGACGUAUGGAGUCUAGGAGUCAUUCUAUACACCAUGCUCGCAGGAAGAUGGCCGUUCUAUUCGCCAAAAAGAAGCAUGAUGAAGAAGAUGAUCUGUGCUGGACAGCUUGACCUGGCUUCUGAACCCUGGCAUUUGGUACCCACUGAAGCUAAGGAUUUGAUAAGGAGAAUGUUGACUGUGGAUCCUAGUCACCGGCCAUCUUGUCAAGAGCUCCUUAGACACCCUUGGCUCAGGUGA